AAUAAUUAUUUCAGCCUUAAUAAUCUCACCUCUCCUCUUCAGUUUACCAAUAAGCCAGUUGCUAAGGUCCAGGCUCAGCCCACUAAACGCCUUGAUUUUACUGACGAUCCAUUUCGAGAUUACCGUUAUGAAGACCUGUCUAAUAUAUCAUUUGAUGAUGAACCUUCAACGGAUGCAACAAAAAUUAAUUCAACACCUGCUGAUGCCUUUAGCUUAAACAACAGUAUUCAUUUCGAAACACAGGAUAAGUUUGAUCCAUUUGGACUUGAUGGUAGGCAGUCUGUACCGUUACCCAACUCUGAUGCUUUUGUUAGUGUUAGUGGUAGAGCAUCGGCUCCAAUUAGUUCCGAACUAUUUAGUGAGGACCAACAGUUAGCCUGGGCGGCUCGAGAGAGUUUGAAACUAGAAGAAGCUCGAAAAAAAAGACAAUUGCAAGAGGAAGCCGAUUUUGAAUUAGCUAUAAGUUUAAGUAAAGCUGAAAGUGAAAAGUUUUAGCUCAUGUCAAUAUUAUUAUGUAAAGAGCUUGACUGUGUUUUAUACAUGCAUAUAUGUUUUAAAUACAUCAUUUGGUUCAUCUCAUACCCAUUACUGUUGAUUUUUCUUAAGAACAUAUAGUUUAUAUAAAUACUCACUAUUAAGAAAUAAUUUGACCCCAAAGAUAUUUUAAAAAUAAUUGACUGUAAUAGGAAUAGGGAUAUCUUUGAGAGAACAUUUUUUUUAAUUUGUAUUUUGUUCUGUAAUAUUUUAUGUUUAACUUUGAAAGUUCCUUCCUCUAUGUAUCGUAUAUCUCUUCUUAUAGAAAAUAUAAAGAAAACAAAAUAUAAGUAUUAUCCUUUUUUCAAAAUGUUUUGAAUUAAAUAAAUCAUUGGCCCAUUUUAUGUGAGAUUGCAGGAUACAGGUUAAAAAGUGUUGGAAACAAAAUAGGUGUGCCAUGCUCUUUUUUCAAGGCUUCAAAUUUUAUGGCUGAAGAAUUUAACCGAUUUUUAUUGGCUGCUGCAUCUCAUUUGUUAUAAAAGAUAUAAAAAAAAUUAUAAAUGAGUUUUAUGUGAUUUUUUUCGUAGAAGAUAGUGGAGAGCUUACUGUUCUUCUCAGUUUUAUAUUUUCAGAGAAUUGCCCGUCAAAUUUUUAAAUUUGUAAUAAAACAAAUACUCUGUAUAUUUCACUUCUUUUUUUUUAUUGCCUUUCCAGCAGUGUAACAUAGCCUAUAGGUAUAAUAGUUACUUAUAUUAGAGUGAAAACAUUAUACAUUUUUUGUAUUUGUUUGAUGAAAGGAGUUGUAUUAG